AUGUACUCCUGCGCAAACUACCCCCGCGGCUGUCGAGGUCGCGUCAACCGCCAGGGCGCCAAGUGCUCCGACUGCGUCACCCUGAACCUCCGUCGCCCAGCGUCUGCCUCCCCAUUUGCACAGCCUCGUGACUACAAACGCGUGUUGCCCUCAGAGCGACUGAGCGACUCCGCCUUCAAAGCACCAGACCUUGAGCUGUAA